AUGGAUCACAAAAAAUCCAAAGAAAAUAAUAUGGGGGAACUGCCUUAUAAAUAUGAAAUGGUUUCUUCAAUUUUACUAAAAAAUAAUAUCAUAAAUAAUUUUAAUUGUUGUAGAAAUGAAUAUAAGCCAAACUUAAAUAUCCAAUUUUCUGAUAAUAUAACAAUAAAAAAAAAUGUAAAAAGUAGGAAAAGAAAACGAGGAAAAACAAAAAGAAGAACAAGAAUAAUAAAAUAUGGGGAUAGUGAUAUUUUAUAUUUUUCAGUUAUAAGAAUUAAAAAAGGAUACCACAUUCGAAAUAUAUUUAGCACACUAGAAAAAUCAGUAAAGACAAAAGUCCACAAAAUGGAAAAAAUACAAACUACAAUUCAAUUAUCGACGAAAAAUGAGCAACUGAAUAUUAAUAAAGGAGAUAAAAACAGAGAAAAUAAUUUAGGCAAAUUUUUGAGACUAAAUAAUAAUUCUAGAUUAUUAUAUAAUCUAAUAAAUGAUGUAUAUAGAUAUAUAAAUUUUGAAUUAGUAAUUGAUCGUAAAAGAUGCUACCAAUGUUUUUUAUUGAGGCAUGAUAAAAUAAAUAAAUAUUCUAUAAAACUUGUUUCUUUAUAUAAAUAUUUACAAAUAGUGAAAAAAAAAAAAAGCCAGAUAGGCAUAUACGCAAAUGAUUGUAAAACAAAAAAAAAAAAAAACAAUUUCAUUUUUAAUUAUGGUUUUUAUAGCAAACAGGGAAGGUAUCAUGAAAAUGAGGAUACAAGUUCUCAUGUCAUGUUUAGUUCGUAUAAAAUAUAUAAUAAGGUCAGUAAUUUUAUUAAUUCGAUAAAAGCAAAAAAUAAAAAGCGGAAUAUUAAAUAUAACAUAUUAGAAGAUAUUUUUAAAUUAUUAAAAUUGAAACCUAAUAAUAAGCAUAAUAGUGAAUCCAAAUUUUCUGGUACGGACAGUGAUGAAUAUUAUGAAGAAAGCAACUGGGAAAAUAAAGAUAGUAAAACUAAUAAAAAUAGUAGAAAUAGUAAAAAUAUAUUUCAUAGUAAAACCAGUGAAAACAUUUACUUAAAAUUUGCAUUGCCAUCAUAUUACUUAAUCCAAAAGACCUAUAACAAUACAGAAAAAGAGAACUACGAUAUGAUUUGUAAUUACUUUUUUUGUGAUCAAAAUAAUAAGAAGAAAUAUAUAAUAAAAAGACAAAAUAAAAAAAAUAAAGUUUGUGAUUUUGCUCCUUAUAAAUUAAAUGUUAUAAAUUAUGGUGUUGAAAAAUCACAAAUGUUACCAAAUGACAAAGAAGAAAACUACUAUACAUUUAAUGAAAACUUAAAGAAAUACCCAAAUGUUAAAUUUGUUUGCAAAGCAUGCAAAAAAUGGGAAUGUAUAAAAAGUAACGACAAAUAUAAUUUGUGUUACUUUAAUUACCUAUUUAAUCAUUCGAAUAAUGCAAAAAAAAAUAUAAAAAACAAAAAAACUAAUAAUAAUAAUAUUUAUAAUACACACAAUUCAGAUGAUUUUACCGUUUCAGAUGAAUUUGAAUAUUUACAUUAUUACAGUAAAAACAAAAAUAAUGAGGGUUUCCUUUCAGAUGCUAUUUGCGAAAACAACGUGUCUAUACCAUGUAGUAAUAAUAAACGUAUUACAGGUUAUGAUAAAAUUGAAUUAUUUUCUGACUCGGUUAGGAAUAAUAUUAAUUGUUCAUGUAAAAUUGAAAAUAUAGAAGAAAAUGAAAAAGGAGAAGAUCAAAUAAUAAAUAAACAUCAUGAUAAUGUAAAAUACGAACUAAUGACUGAAGGAUUUAUAUUAAAUGAUUAUAUGGUCGAGUGCAAAACUUGCCGGCAUUUUAGAAUGUAUGACAACUUACCAAAUAAUUAUUUCACAGACAUAUUUUUUAAUGAACAUGGUAACUUAAAAUAUCAGAAUUUUAUGAACAAAUCAGGUAAAAGUAUAUUUUGCAAUAUUCCAAUAAUUUGUGAUCAUAAUGAUAAUGAAAUAGGGUAUAUAAAAAAUAGUAAAAUUAACAAAUAUAAAAGCAAUUGUUGUUUAAAAAAUAUAAGAAAUAACAAUUUCUUCAAAUCGAUUGUCCCUUAUUCAUAUUCUGACGUGGAAUUUUAUGAAAAGGAAAAAAAAAUAUAUUUUUUAUAUAAUAAAAAUAAAGCUUAUACAACAAAUAAACAUACCAAUACACUAUCAUUUAUGGAACAAGAAGAUUGCCAUAAUGAUCAAUCAAAAAAAGAAAUGGAUACAACUUUUAGUUCACUAACGAAUUUAAAAAAACAAAAGAAAGAAUACUUUGAUGAUAAAAAAAGAAAAAUGUUUGUAAACUAUUAUAAAAGUACUAUAAAAAGAAAUUCAGGAGAUAAAGAGAGUAAAGAAAAAAAUGAUAAGGAUAAUAAUAGAAAUAUUUUAAAAAAAACACCUACUCAGUUUGAUAUGCAUUUGUUUACAAUAUGUGAUGGCCACACUGAUUCAAAUGCUUCCAUUUUCUUAAUUCAAAACGUUCAUAAAUUAUUUUAUUAUCUUUUAAUUUACACAUUUUUUAAUAUUCACAUGUCUUUAAAACUUUUACACCCCAUACUUGAUAUCUUAUAUUAUAAAUAUAGCUUGGAUAACAAAUUAAGGAAUUAUUCUGGGUCAUGUAUCAUUAAUGUAUUACUUAGGAAAAAUCAUAUAUAUGUAAAUAAUACUGGGGACAGCAAAUGUGCUAUUAUGACAUUUGAUAUGGAAAAAUUUGCAUACGGGGAUUCAAUGAGUAAUAAAUUGAAAAAAGAGAAGAAUAAAAAAAAUGAAAUAAAAAAAAAUAAAAGUGAUAUUGAGAAAAAUAAUAUUUUUCCCAAACCCUCAAAUACCGGAGUUCCUAACUAUAAGAAUUAUAUUAUUAAUGAGGAAUCAAUAUCAUAUAAUGAAUUAAAUUCUGAACAUAAUUGCAAUAACUAUAUGGAAUAUCUUAGAAUGUAUAAAUUAAAUUUUUAUGAUAAUUUAAAAAAGGAUUAUUUUAUCUCAAAAAUGGAAAAAAAUAAAGAAAACUUAAAAAAAAAAGUUAAAAACAUGAGGUGUGAUAAAAAGGAAUUACAUAAAGAAAAAUUUACAACAACCGAUUAUCAAAUUAGAAUCAAAGGCACAGAAGAAGUAUCAAAUAUUAAGGAUUUCAAUGACAGUAAAAAGAAGAAAGGAAAAAAAACAAGAGAAAUGAAGGAACAGAUUUCGAUAAGCAAUGAUUUAAAUGAUUGGAUCAUAAAAAUAAAUAAAUAUAUUUUAAAAGAAGAUGGAAAACAAAUAAAUAUAGGCAAUGUUCCAUUUAAUUUAAUUAAAUUUAACAGAUUAUAUGAAUGUUUACACCCAUGCAGAGUAAUAGGUGAUUAUGAUUUAAAAGGGAAAUGUAAUGAUUCAAAUUUUAUUUUGUCUAACAAUUCUAAUAUAUAUAAAUAUGACAUGAAUAAUAUAAAUUUGAUUAAUAAUAUUCAUUAUAUUUAUAAAAUACAAAAAUGUAUAAAUUGCAAAAUGAUAUAUUUAUUGAAUAGUUAUGGAAAAAUAAAUUCAAUCAAAAAUAUUGCUUUACUUAAUACGAAAAGCGAAUUAUAUCAAAAUAGUAACAUACUUGUAAAUUACAUUGAAAAAGAACAAACAAACGAUUGUUGUAAUAAUGUGAUAGAUAAAUAUGAAAGUUAUAAUUCCUUUGAAGAAAAACUUGAAAGUAUUAUGACCAUUUAUAAAGACAAUGAAAAUAUUAAUGACUCUAAAAAAAUGAAAAAAAAAAAUACUAACUUAUGUUUGAAUGAAUCAUUAUCUCCAUAUUUGCAUAUUAAAAAUAAUUCAUUAAAUAAAAAUUAUGUAUAUCGAUCAGGAAAAAAAGAAAACAAACAUUUUUUUCAUUUGCUAAUUAUCGCAUCGGAUGGUGUUUUUGAAUUUCUUAAUCCGAUUUAUGUUUUAAAUAUAAUAAAAAAUAAUAAACCUAUUUAUAAAAAAAUCCAAAAAAUUUACCAUAUUUACAACACGCAUAUCAUUAAUCGGGAUUCAAAAAACAUCGAUAUAAAUUAUAUGUUGCAUACAUGUAUGUUCACUAAAAAAGAAUGUACACAGCUCGCUAAAAAUAUUGUUAAGAGCACUAUUAAUAGUGGAAAUUUUGAUGACAGUACAUGUUUUUGUAUUUUUUUAUUUCCUACAAUGUUUUUUCAAAAUUAA